AUGAGCUGCCCUGAGUCUCAAAAGACAAGUGGGAAGAAUGCUAGUUCAGAUAAACAAGUUAUCUUCAAAAAAAGCACCCGUGACAAAGCUCUGACCAUCUACCUGGGAAAGCGGGACUUUGUGGACAACGUGGGGAAUGUGGAACCUGUAGAUGGUGUUGUCUUGGUGGAUCCUUCACUUAUCAAGGAGAAAAAAGUGUACGUGUCCCUGACUUGUGCGUUCCGGUAUGGCCAGGAGGACAUCGAUGUGAUUGGUCUCACCUUCCGAAGAGACCUGUUUUUCUCAAGGGUCCAAGUGUACCCACCUGCUGACAAGCCAGAGUCACUCUCCCACUUGCAGGAAUCUCUGUUAAAGAAGCUGGGGAAAAAUGCUUAUCCCUUCUUCUUUACGUUUCCAGAUUACCUGCCCUGUUCAGUCUGUCUGCAGCCUGGACCUCGUGAUGUUGAUAAGAGCUGUGGGGUGGACUUUGAAGUAAAAGCUUUCUCAACAGAUAACCUGGAAGAGAGAAUUCAUAAGAGGGACUCUGCACGUUUGCUGAUCCGCAAGGUGCAAUACGCUCCCGAAACUUCAGGACCCCAACCUUGCGCUGAGAGCACCUGGCAGUUCUUCAUGUCUAACAAGCCAUUACACUUGAAAGCUUGCCUCAGUAAAGAGGUGUACUACCAUGGUGAGCCCAUCCCAGUGACUGUCACCAUCAACAACAGCACAGACAAAACGGUGAAGAAGGUCAAAGUCCAGGUGGAGCAGGUUGCCAAUGUGGUUUUGUACUCCAGUGACUACUAUACAAAAGUGGUAGCUGCUGAGGAAGCACAGGAAAAGGUGCAGCCAAACAGCAGUCUGACCAAGACACUGACACUUUUGCCCUUGCUCGCAAAUAACCGGGAGAUCCGGGAAAUUGCUCUGGAUGGAAAGCUGAAGGAUGAAGAUACCAACUUGGCUUCUAGUACCAUCAUUAAGGAUGGAAUAGACAAGACAGUGAUGGGGAUUCUGGUUUCCUACAAGGUCAAAGUGAAGCUCACUGUUCCAGGCAUGCUGGGAGACCUCACUUCCAGUGAAGUGGGCACAGAGCUGCCAUUUCGUCUCAUGCACCCCAGACCUGAGAAGAACCCAGCAGGGAAGCAGAGAUGGUAUUUGAGGAGUUUGCUCGUCAAAAGCUCAAAGAUGCACCUGAUGAUGCAGACAUAA